CAGUGCGGCCGACAUCCGUGCGCAUCCGCCACACUUUUUUCCCCUCUCUCUCUCUCUCUCUCUUUCUCUCUCCGUAGACUUGGGAAAUACACAGCGGGGCAGGUGAUCUCUCGGACUGGGAUAUGUGCUGCUUCUCAAAAACAAAAACAUGGAUCCAAUACUGAUUUUUUCGCCCGAAUCCUCGUUGAUUCUCUUCCCACUUGUGCGUGCACCACUUCGUUGAGCUCCUUCUUCUUCUCCUUCUUCGUCUGAUAUUUGUUUUUUUGUUGUUCUUGUUGUUCUUGUUUUGUAGGGAGGUGUCGACUGGUGCUGUCGAGUCUGCUGAUCCCAGUUUGGAUGUUUAUCUGCUGACUAUUUUUUUCUAACCCCACUCGCCUAAAAUGACUGAGCUCGGGUGCAGCCGGAGACGCGGCUCCCCACUCGGGAAGACCUACGGCUAAAGUUUGAAGGGUGCAGGGGUGUCUUUUAGGCUGUCCGUCUCCCUCUCCCCCCACCCCGACCCCCCACCCACCCGCCAACACCACCACCACCACCACCACCCCGACUCCGUGUGCUGGAUUUCUUUUCUUUUUUGUUCUUCUUCUUUUAUUUUAUUUUAUUUUUUAUUUUUUGCAAUCAAGCCCAUUACAUUGCAAUAAACAGCGGAUACUUCUAAUCUGUCCGCGCACACGCUGGGGAUUCAUUCGACUUGGAUUUAUACAGCUUCUGGAUUUCAGCCCCGUCCGAAUCAUGAAGACCGUUAUCAUUGAUGGGGGGCGACUCCUGUUUCUGGUGAUGUGGCUGAACCUUGUGCCUCAAACUGACAGCUGCCCUGCCAAGUGUGUGUGCUACAGUGAGCCCAGGCCCACUGUGGCCUGCCAACAACAAGGACUGUUUUCCAUCCCUACUGAGAUCCCCGUGCGGAGCCAGCGGAUAUUCCUCCAGAGCAACAAGCUGACGGUGGUAAGGUCCACCAGCUUCAGCUCUUGCCACAAUCUCACUGUUCUCUGGCUGUACUCCAACAACAUUAGUUACAUCGAGGCUGGAGCCUUCUACGGCUUGGAAAAACUCGAGGAACUGGACAUCGGAGACAACAGCAACCUCCGCACCAUCAGCCCUACAGCCUUCCGAGGCUUAACAAAGCUGCACACCCUCCACCUGCACAGGUGUGGCCUGUCAGAGCUCCCCGUUGGGGUUUUCAGAGGAAUGUUCUCCCUACAGUACCUUUACCUGCAGGACAAUAACAUUCUUACCCUGCAUGAUGACACUUUUCUGGACCUUGCCAACCUCACCUAUCUCUACUUGCACAAUAACAAAAUCAAGAUAGUAACGGACAAUAUGUUUCGAGGCCUAAUUAAUCUGGAUCGGCUGCUGCUACACCAGAACCGAGUUAUCUAUGUCCAACCAAGGGCUUUUACUGAUCUUGGUAAGCUGAAAUCCCUGUUCCUGUUCUUCAACAAUCUCACCGUCUUGACAGGGGAGACCAUGGACCCACUGGUGGGUCUCCAGUAUUUGCGUUUAAAUGGUAACCAGUGGAUCUGUGACUGCCGCGCGAGGACCUUGUGGGACUGGUUCAAACGUUUCAAAGGUUCAAGCUCUGAGUUGGAGUGCAGUGUUCCCGAGUUCCUGGCAGGAAAGGACCUGAAACGACUGAAAAGUGAAGACUUGGAGGGGUGUGUGGAAACGCCUCAAAUCCAGACCAAUCUCUUCAGCUCCAAGGCACAGUCUGGGAAAUUCUCUUCCACUGAAAAUCCUCUUGAGGACACCAUUCCAAGAUGUUGUCUUGGAGAUAAUGACAAGUCGUCCAUCCUGUCCGGCAAGAGCCGCCAAAUCACCAACAACCCUCUCAAGGAAAAGGAGAACAUGUCCAAGACUAAAUUCAAGGAGCCGGAACGAACGAAAAACGAGACCCAGAACAAGCAGAACGAUGGACCACUGGGAACCUUGUCCAACAACCUGGACAAGACUUUGGAAAACCUAAACCCGGACCUUAUAGACAAUCUGGAAUCGUCUACAGCAUCAAACAAAAAGAAAAAGAAGUGCUCCAAAAAGCCCAAAUCUGACACCCAGUGCAUCAAAGGUCGGGGAUCUACUUUGCAAGUGCUGCGCAUUCUCUUCAUUCCCAUGAUCUGGAUAUCUCUAGCCAUGUCUUAGGACUCCUGGUAUCACUCUGAACACAGGACUCAAGAUUGUUGAUGCUCAUGACAAUGAUAACCGAGGAUGCAGUGACAUCUACAACAGACAGUGACUGAAAAGCAGGGAUUCACAUUCACCCACCACGGGUGAGGACAAACAAUGAUGAGGAUGUUAGAGUACAUUUAACAAAAUGGAUGCCUUUACAGAACACUACAGAUCUAAUGUAUAUAAUGAAUUGGUGCCCAAAAUUGUUUGUUCUCUAUGUACUUAACUGUACUGUGUCUAAGCUACACUUCGGAGACUCCUCCCUUUUUCCCUCUCAAAAGCUUUUACUGCUUAGACAGUCCACCGGAAGAAUAAAAAAACGACAAAAAUGAAAAAAACAAGUACAAGAAAUCAGAGACCGAGCGCACACAAAGAAUGUUGGGUCCGUUUAAUGAAGAUAAACGAUUUCCCCCCCAUUAUUUAUUCAAAGUGAUGCAUUUGUUGGGUAAUGUUAUGUUUUGUUUUGUUUUUUUAUGUUUAUAAAAAACAGAUGUUUUACCUCCCCUGAUUUUAGUUCUAUUUUCAUGACAGAAAGGGUGUAUGGGUAGCAUUUACCAAAAGAAUGCUGUCAAUUUGUUUAUGGAGAUUGCAAUGGAACCAUAGAUAUGCAUUUUAUUUUACUUGUGUACAAGUAUGAAUAUAUUAUGAAUAAAAGUUCUUAUUUCGUAGA